GGGGAUGUGCUGCUGCCAGCAGCGGGAGCGAUCUGCUGGCUGACUGGAGUUGGCCUGAGGGGGAAGAAUGGGCUCUGGCUGCGUCCGCGCGCUCUGUCUGGCAGUGCUGGCCAAGUGGCCCCUGAGGCUUGCACCCAAAAUGUUUGUCGUUGUACCUCGGCACUGACUGCGAGUAAACAUGAAUGUUGGAGUUGCCCACAGCGAGGUGAAUCCAAAUACCCGGGUAAUGAACAGCCGGGGUAUGUGGCUGACAUAUGCGCUGGGAGUUGGCUUACUUCAUAUUGUCUUACUCAGUAUUCCCUUCUUCAGUGUUCCUGUUGCGUGGACCUUAACAAAUGUUAUACAUAAUCUGGGAAUGUAUGUGUUUUUGCAUGCUGUAAAGGGAACACCUUUUGAGACUCCUGACCAGGGAAAAGCAAGGCUCCUAACUCAUUGGGAACAACUGGACUAUGGAGUGCAGUUUACAUCUUCACGGAAGUUUUUCACAAUUUCUCCAAUAAUUUUAUAUUUUCUGGCAAGUUUCUAUACGAAGUAUGAUCCAACUCACUUCAUCCUAAACACAGCUUCUCUCCUGAGUGUGCUAAUCCCCAAAAUGCCACAGCUACAUGGUGUUCGGAUCUUUGGAAUUAACAAGUAUUGAAAGGUUUUGAAACUGAAGAAAAACUUUUACAGCUACUGAGUUGCCUGUAAUGAAGGAGUGGUUAGUAAACUGCACUGUUUCUGUGAUGGUUUGAAAUGAGAGGUAUUUACAUUGGAGAGCCUUUUUGCUGGUUCUUCAUAAGCUGUUUUGAAGUGCAGGUUUUUACUAGAGGUUACUUGUGUUUAAUGCACCUGGUAUAAUUCUGAUGAGAGUCUUUACAGGCAGACUGGGAAGGCCCAGCAUAUAAAUUGAAUGGCUAUAAAAUGAGGGUGAAGUAAAUAAAUACAAGGAAAUAGGAGAUUUAUAAGAAAUUAAGACCAGCUUAGCUUAUAACGAAUGGGCAUUAUGUUAGGAGAAGAAACUUUCCAAUCACUCAGUCAUGUUAGUUUAAGCUGACUUAUAUGUAAAUUGAAAUCAUCUCUUUACAAGUUUAUUGUAGAUCCUUUUAUUACAUAUAUAUUCCUCUUGUGUUACAUAAGAGGAUAUAGGUACCCUCUUGUUUUAUACAAACCAAUUUCUACCUUAUGAGUGUACUUUUUUCGUUAUGUUGAUUCAACAUUGUGUGUUGAUGGAUAAGAUCACUUUUACAUUUAUAAAGUUACUAAGUUUAUGAAGGUCCACUUUCAUGACUGCUUGGUGAUAGAAGAUAACUAGGCAUCUUAUAAACAGCCUCUGAGUCAGCCUUCUAAUUUUGAAACAAAGUGGGUUUUGCUGCCUUUGCAGA